AGUGGCGAUGCGUGAGGGCGAGGUUUGGGGCGCUGGCUGAUGGCUUCGUCUACCUCGUAGGCCGCAAGUUCCUCAUCGCGACGACGGGGAUUGUGAACGGAAACAGCGUCGUCGACAGUGUGGCGGGAGUGGGCAAGGUUUCUGGCCCGAAGGAUGCGGGGCUCUAAGAAGGUCCAGAGUGGCAUGGGAUGCAGCUCUUCGCGCGGGACGUUGCGGUCGGCAUUGGGCACCGGCAAGCACAUGAGGAGGUGUGUAAGGCGUAUAUAAACCGUGCGAACGCUGGCAGACUCCGUGGCCAUUCAUCUCCUGCGCAAGUUGCGAGCGGCAUGUUAGCAAGGUUCCUGGGUUCCCAGCAUCACGCGUGGGGUUCACGUAAGGGCUCGCUAAUGCGGGUAGGAGGGCUGGACGCGGUGGGCCUGCGCCUUCGUGUGGGCGUCGGUUGGGUGGCGCUACUGGGGGACAAUGAACUUCGAGUUGUGCGUCCCCAGGGACGGCUAAUCCCGCGCGACCGCGUGUGCCUCUCCCACCUCCGUGUCGGCGCCGCGCGAGAAGGCCCCGGGGUCCGCCAUCAGAUUCUGAUUAGGUUCGUUUUGCCCAUUUAUCCAAACGCGCCCGACCCGCCUGAUGCCGUGCGCAGCCGUGGCGCGCCUCUGCCAGCCUCCCGACGCCCACCGCGUGCGACGGCAGCAACGCCUGCGAACAUCCUGACAGCGUGGGUACCCCCCAGCCCGUCGUCGCCCGGCACGCGCUGCGCUGCAUCAGCUGACAGGGGGUCCCCCCGCCGCUAAAAGCGGUGGGGCGUGCAUCGAAUACCGUAAGUUGUUGUAUACGAUUUGCCCGCAAUCGUGAGUAUAAAGAUCCGGGGGG